UUUAAGUGACCUUACAUGCACUGAUGCAAGUGGGUUCACCGAUUUCAUUAAUUCAUUCACAUCUCUUUUUCGUAUUUGGCCAUAGCUUGAUUCGAUUCAGAGUCGAUUCUGGAGCAUGACGACUCCUGGAAAGAAGGUGUUGCUGACCUCCAGUGGCGACAAAAUUUCGCUCAACAUUGCACGCCAUUUAGCUCAGCGUGGUUGCCGGUUGGUAUUGAUGGGGAAUGAGGGGCCAUUGAGGAGUGAAACGGAGAAGAUAAAGAGAUCUCUGGACGGCUUCGUAACGGUGGAGGUUGUGGGUUUAGAUAUGGAAGGUGAUAGAGAGGCGGUUUUUGAUGAUGCGGUGGGUAAAGCAUGGAGGAUUUUGGGGAAUUUGGAUGCUUUUGUUAACUGUUAUUCCUAUGAAGGGAAAAUUGAAGAUACUCUGUCUUUAGUUGAAGAUGAGUUCAAAAAGAUUGUUAAAAUCAAUUUCAUGGGUGCAUGGUAUCUUUUGAAAGCUGUUAGUCAAAGAAUGCGGGAUCAGAAAUCUGGGGGAUCCAUUGUUUUUUUGACAUCAAUAAUUGGUGCUGAAAGAGGGAUAUAUCAAGGAGCUGCAGCAUAUGGUUCAUGUUUGGCUGGAGUCCAGCAGCUAGUAAGGACGGCUGCAAUGGAGAUAGGGAAAUAUGAUAUAAGGGUUAAUGCAAUAGCUCGUGGUUUGCAUCUUAACGAUGAGUUCACUGUAUCAGUGGGGAAGAAGACGGCAGAGAAAUUGGUGAAGGAAGCAGCACCAUUGCAUCGAUGGCUUGAUGUUGAGAAAGAUCUGGCAUCGACUGUCAUUUACUUAAUCAGCAACGGCUCAAGAUAUCUGACAGGGACUACCAUAUUUGUUGAUGGUGCACAGUCUCUGGUGAGGCCUCGAAUGCGGUCAUACAUGUGACGUGCACAGAAUAUAAUAAUUGAUUCUUGAAAUAUCAUAAUGCAACUCGUGAGAAUUUCCGCGAGUUUUAUAGUCUUGUCUACGAAUUUAAACUGCUUAUGUUUUGCCUUAUUAUUUGAUGUAAACAUGGAGAUAUAUCGCUCAGCAUUUGAGAAAAUUUCUUUACAUCAUUGACUAAA